AUGAAGACGACAACACCCACAGCGAUAUGCACCCAAUGCCGCACCGCGCUCCGGCGACGCCUGCAAGCCGGCCAAUGGCGACCGCAGCAGCAGCCACGACGCGCACAUGAAGGCCGCCGCUCCGUAUCGAGCUCGGCAGCAACACCAGAUCUACCACCAUCACCACCGUCCAGCACGCGGCCGAAUCCGCGAGACAUCCUCUCCAAGCCCACCUGGUCCGUCCGAUCGCUGCUCGCCCCCAAUCCCGCGAAAGGCGCGGCGUCCACCACGACCGGCAGUCCCGCAGCCGAGCCCGAAGCCGACUCGGACUCGAUAACGCCGCAGACGCUGCACCACCUGUUGCGGCUGUCGGCGCUGCCGCCGGCGGCGUCGGCGGCCGAGGAGGCCGGGCUGCUGGCGACGCUGCGGGCGCAGCUGCGGUUCGUGCGGGCGGUGCAGGGCGUCGACACGCGCGGGGUGCGGCCGCUGGUGGCGGUGCGCGACGAGACGGCGGCCGGCGUCGCCGCCGAGCAGACGGUCGGGCUGGCCGCCCUGCGCGGCGCCCUGGCCCGCGAGGACGUCGUCGGCCACAACCGGCGGCCGCGGCGGAGGCGGGAGGACGGCGCCGCCGCCGGCACGGGCCCGGCGCGGACACGGGCACCGGGGCAGGGGAAGAAGCCGAGGAGGGAAGCCGUGGCCGGGGUCGAGGAUUGGGAUGUCCUGGCUGGGGCGACUAUGACGGCCGGGCGGUACUUUGUUGUCAGGAGUGGAAAUGGGAGUGGGAGUGCCAGUCCGGCUGCAAAGGGAGGAUCAACUGCAGAGGCCGUGAAAGAGCCAUGA